AAAACAUGACGUCCUUAUGAUCUACUGUCGCGGAGAGGUGCCAUUUUGGCUCAAACUAAGUCGAGAACAAUUUUAUAUGUGAUAAGAAGUGUUUUAAUGUGAGUGUUAUAUUAUAACGUAAAUAUACUUUGAGCAAGCCGCGGCGAUUUUACACGCAUUAAUGUGAAUUUUUGUAUGUUAUCCGGGCUUGUUUCUACACGGUGUGAGCGGAUACCAACAGAUAAUGCGUUGAAGACAGAUUUGAAAUCAUCAGUUGGUCUCCGCUGAGGGACAAACACCGACGUUUUUCAGCUUUAACAUUUGUUAAGUGCUGCUAUGGGAGGCUGCUCCGCUCCCAACUGCUCCAACUCAACAAGCAUAGGGAAACAGCUGUUUCGCUUCCCCAAAGACCCUGUGCGCAAGAAGAAAUGGGUGGUGAACUGUCGACGGGACUUUGAGCCAACUGCACACUCCAGAUUGUGUCAGGACCAUUUUGAGCACAGCCAGUUUGAGGAGGUUGCCAGGUCUCCAGCCGGAGGAAAGAAACUGAAGCCCAAUGCCAUCCCUACUUUGUUCAGUGCUGGAGAGCCGGCGUAUCCUGUAAUCACUGAUCCAUUCAUGCUUCUGCCCCUGAAAUCUGAACCAGUGGAGCGGGAUUUGAAUUUUGGAGACCACGGCUAUGCCAGACGCACCCCUCUGCCCGGCCUGGAGGGGGAGGAUGCAGAAGGUGCGGGCGAGGAGCAGCAGCCUUGCACUCAGUGUCAGCUCCUUAAGAAACAGCUGGAGCAGGAGAUGCAGCACACUGCACGGUUAAAGAAGGAGGCCGAGGAGAUGAAGAAACGUCUGUAUCGUCUCGACCGGAUCGAGAGGGGCCUGCGUAACUUUCUAUACGAGGAUCAGAUCCGUGCGCUGUCACUCACCAAGCGCUCUCGGCGUGCCGUUUGGUCUCCAGAAACCAUCCUGAAGGCCCGAAAGAUUCGCUGUUCUGUUGGAACUAAGGGUUAUGAAUAUCUGCGGGAGCUGGGGUACCCGCUGCCGUCCUACAGGACUCUGUGUAACCGCUUAGAGACUAAGAUCAUGGUGACGACUGACAUGAGCUGUGAGGAGCUGGCAGAGCUGAGCCUGGGGCUCAUGGCCACCUGCGACAGCCCCACAGAAGGUGUCGGGGACAAUGAUGAGGAGGAGCUAAUAGGCGUUUUGUCCUGAUCCCACUCACUUUCCUUCAUGCGUGCUUGCAUGA